GCUGCGCGCCAAGCUGAAUUUACAACGCUGAAUGUAAUCGCAUAUCAAAUGCUGGCCGGUGUAAAUUACCAUACAAACAUACUCGAAGAUAGGAGAAGAAGAGGAAGGAGAAAAAAGCAUCAAUCACAAUCAAGUGCGCAAAAUCUACAACAAUCAAAAGUGCAACAAUUACAACAGCAACAACUAAGACGACGACGACAACAACGCGUACAAGAUGUGUACGAAAAAUCAAAUGAGUGUUCUCAUGGAGAAAUUGAAUACGUGUUAACCAAAUUAUUCUGUGUGCAUAUGGAAAAUAUGUCAACGAUUCCCUCGGGGAAUCGUUAUAGCAUACUUGCUGAAGGUAUGCUAAAUUCCCCGAAAGCAAAACGCAAAAAAGCGACCGCGAAAGCACAUUUUCCAGCGCUUCCAGAUGUGAGCACUAACAACAAUAGCACCGAUCCGAAAUUUAUUAUUAUAAAAUCCACUGACGCGUCCAAGCCAUUGUCAAGUUUUAGCGUUUUCGCAAAAAAGAAGGCACUUGAUUGUAUAAGCACAGAGUACCUGUCAGUGAGUAUUCUCCGUGAUGACAGCUUACUUAUUCUUGCAAAAUCCCUCAAAGUAGCUGAAAAGUUCAUUAAAUGCAAAAACUUUGGAGGACUAUGCCCUAUCUCUGCCAACUUCCACGAUUCCCUAAAUACUUGCAAAGGUACAAUUUUUGACAAAAAUCUGGCACACACCGACGAACAAGAAAUUCUAGAAGCUCUUAAACCACAAGGCGUUGUGGCUAUAUACAAAUUUACCAAAACUGUUGACAAUGUAAAAAUUCCAACAGGCAGAAUCGUGCUUUCAUUUAAUUUGUACAAAGUACCUCAGUCGAUCGACAUAGCAUGGUAUUCAGUGAGAGUAGAAGAGUACUUUCCUAAUCCUAUGAGAUGUCGCUCAUGCCAACUGUUGGGUCAUACUAUGAAAAGGUGCAGCAACAACUCCACCUGUGAAAGAUGCAACUUCCCCCCUCACAAUGACUUGCCUUGUUUACGAACGAUGUGUGCCAACUGUUAUGGCCCCCACCCUGCCUCUGCUAAAGACUGCCCAAAGUACUUGCAAGAAAAGGAAGUACUAAAAAUUAAAACUCAAAAUAAAUGCAAUUACCCUGAAGCUAGACGCCUUUACAAAAUUCAAAAUCCCAUUAACGUGAAUCAAGAUCAAACAUAUGCAUCAAUUCUAAACUCAACACAAGCCGCUCAACACAGUCUCUCACAAAACCCGACCGAUCUCACUUCUUCAGUCGGUAACUCAACAGGUAUCCCCAAACCACACAUCUCUUCUAUCCAAUCUCACUCAUACCAACCGAACGAGUCACUUUCUAGUGCUCACUCACACUCAGUUAAGUCACUCACUCACGUUCAUACAUCGGCAGCAGCCAACACACAAUCUACACAACAAUCUCUCCCAACUAACUCAUUCACACAGCUCACUACAACUCCGGCUGCAAACUGGAGCUCUAUUUCUCAAGUGCAUCCCCAAAACUCACCACCUGAACACUCAUUAGACUCUAAUAAAAACAAUAGCAAUGAGAUUAAUACAUCUCUAACACACAACGCUUCCUCAACUCAUACUUCUAAUGACUACUCUACAUCUCUUACAUCCUACAACUCAAACUUUGAAUCCACCACGCAACCUGACUCCAUUCUGCACUCUCUUCUCAACACAAUCUCUGGUACACAUAAUGACGAUAUGGAUAAUGAUCUUCAAGAGCCCACGCUAUAGGUUAUUUUCCAAAAGAAAAUAACACUUAUAGCAAGUAAAUAAAUAAACAAAAAUGAUUCUCAAUAUUCUCCAAUGGAAUAUUAGAGGUUAUCAUAAUAACUAUCUCGAAUUAGAAACUCUAAUAAAAGAUCGGAAGCCAAACAUAAUAUGUGUGCAAGAAACCCACAUUACUGCGAAUUAU